AAAAAGCAGUCCAAUGGCUUGGAAAAUUCAUUCGCUUACAAGUAAACGUAAAGUAAAGGACGAAACAAAAUGCAGACAGCAACUUCCACAAUUUUGUCUUUGGCCCUCAUUAGUGCCGCAGUGGCUGUACCGGUCGCAUCAAUUGCCAAGGCCCGUGCUGACAAUGGUAUACUCAACUUGUUGGCGCAAUCCAAUUUGUUGGGUUCUUCCGCUGAUCCUGACAUCACUGCCGAAUGCUUCAACCAUUUCUCGCCGAUCUUAAAUCAAAUUUCGACCAACUUCUCCGUUCAAUAUGAGCAAUGUGUCACAGUGGCCUCACAAGCAGCGGCCAAUCUCUCCGCCAAGGCAGCACAGAAUCGUGUAGCUUUCGUGAAUGAAACCUCCGCGAUCUGCAGUGCUUUCACCUCCUGUCACAGUGACACCGCUAACUUGGAUUUCUUCAACUGCUACGCCACAGCCGCCUCAACUGAUAUCAAUGAAAUCUACAAUUUGUCGACCGACGCUUCGAACGCAGCUAUUUCUCUUAAGGGAGGAUUGCAACAAAUCAAGGACACCGAGGACAUCUGCACCAACACCGCUCAAAGCACCUACACUGAGAAGACCUCCGAGACCUUUAAGGAACUAAAUGAGUGCUUCGUCAAUGGCUUGCCAACAGCUAGCACUAUUGCCAUUAAUUAGGCUAGUAUGCGAAGAUUUGGCUAGUCAAACUGUUAAAAUCUGUUUAUGUUGUCAAAUAAAAAUGCGUGAAUAUUUAAAAUUUA